AUGCAAGGAUAUUGCAUAUGCAAGCAUUUGCAAUAUGCAAGCAUUUGCAAUCCGGAUGCACCCGAACGUGUCCGGACCCGGACGAGAGCUACGGCACCCUCGGGACCGCAGGGACCGCGCCUCGUCGCGUCCGUGACCGGCUCGCGUCCGGGGCUCGUUGGAAAGUCGCGCUCGAUUGGAUGGUUCCGGAGCUUUGCGUUUUCGUUAGCGCGCACCCUCUUCACAAUCAGAGGUCGCGGGUUCGAGUCGCACUCCGCGAGUUUCGAGUUGCACACCGAAACGCGAGGAUGCGAGGACGACAGGUCGCGGGUUCGAAUCACGGGUCGCACACGAGUUGCAGGCGAGGAUGCUAGGACACGAGGACACCAGGACGUGAGGACGCGAGGAUGCAAGGGCACAUGGACGCGUGAGCGUGUGGGCAUCUGUCCAGUGCGGAUGCAACCAGAAAGGUGCAGGCGCAAGCCAACCGGACGCCUGAGCAAGUGGCGGUGGAUCGAGCAGCAGCUGCAGCGUGAUGGGCAGAUGCACGAGCCAACCAGACACCUGAGCAAGUGGUGGCGGACCAAGCAGCAGCUACUGCUCGAACAGAUCCGAGUCACCGAACAGCUUGAUGCCGCUGUCAAACACAACAUGCCAUCAUGUGUCUGCGCCUUGCUGCAGCGAGAUGAAGUCUGCGGUACAGGCACACGGCUACUGAUGUUUGGAGGACGCUGGCAGUGGCGCGUCCAGCUCAAGUCUUCACAUGGCUACCAGUGGCAGCCGCACCAGGGGGCAGAACACCACCACUGCCUGAGCCAGCUUUGCUGUGGGGCUUCCAAAAAGACGUGGCUCAAUGGGCAUUCUACGGAGAAGAUAGGGCUCACCAAGCGUCCUGGCGGACGCAUCCCGGAGGCUGCUCUCGCACGCUAUGAUGGUGGAGACGUGCCGGAAAUCAAUCAGGAUGGGCAGCAUCUGGAGUGGCCUACCGUGCUGGAAGCCAACAUACUGGGGCUGGGCCAUGUGCAGCAGCAGAUCUACAUGCUUAAGGUUAAGAACCGGCCGCCUGACUUGCAGCCCAUCACCGUCACAAUGCACAAGAUAGCCAUGGCGAACCCAUCACUCGAUCAGUGGGUGGACACCAUCCCAUGCCCUGCUGUGUCGUUGCCGGAGAACAUCACCGUCCUCUGCAUGGAUGUCGUCAGCAGCAAGGAGGAGCUGCUAGAAAAGCUCAAGAGCACCAAGGUGUUGUCCAUCCGAGCAGCUAAUAUUGUGGCCUGGGUCAACUACCUCAGCAACCUCACCUCCGAGAGGCAUAUCGAUGACCAAGCGAUGAAGGAGUGGCAGGCAAUGGACCCAGAGUGUCACAAGCGGACAACACACCGGAGGAUGCUGGUCUCGAGGAGCUCGGAGUUCUGGUGCCUCUGUCCAGUGCGGAUGCAACCAGAAAGGUGCAGGCGCGAGCCAACCGGACGCCUGAGCAAGUGGCGGUGGAUCGAGCAGCAGCUGCAGCGUGAUGGGCAGAUGCACGAGCCAACCGGACACCUGAGCAAGUGGUGGCGGACCGAGCAGCAGCUACUGCUCGGCGGACACAUCCCGGAGGCUGCUCUCGCACGCUAUGAUGGUGGAGACGUGCUGGAAAUCAAUCAGGAUGGGCAGCAUCUGGAGUGGCCUACCGUGCUGGAAGCCAACAUACUGGGGCUGGGCCAUGUGCAGCAGCAGAUCUACACGCUUAAGGUUAAGAACCGGCCGCCUGACUUGCAGCCCAUCACCGUCACAAUGCACAAGAUAGCCAUGGCGAACCCAUCACUCGAUCAGUGGGUGGACACCAUCCCAUGCUCUGCUGUGUCGUUGCCGGAGAACAUCACCGUCCUCUGCAUGGAUGUCGUCAGCAGCAAGGAGGAGCUGCUAGAAAAGCUCAAGAGCACCAAGGUGUUGUCCAUCCGAGCAGCUAAUAUUGUGGCCUGGGUCAACUACCUCAGCAACCUCACCUCCGAGAGGCAUAUCGAUGACCAAGCGAUGAAGGAGUGGCAGGCAAUGGACCCAGAGUGUCACAAGCGGACAACACACCGGAGGAUGCUGGUCUCGAGGAGCUCGGAGUUCUGGUGCCUGUUGUCCCUGACACAACUGUGCCGGGAUCAGGUGAUGAUGCACGAAACCCGGUGGAGCUACACCAUCCUGGACUACUCCCGGGAAGAUGUGCUUGCCAGCAACUUCCCCACCGCAUUUCUGUACACAAAGGGCGGCAUCCGUCCCCUGGGUAUGAGCAACCGGACCUUCUUCCAGCAUGUGUCUACGCGUGUGCCACAGCGGCAGCUCAGCGGCAACCUCCUCAUGCUCGCCUGCAUGGUGGACGUGCUCAACAUGGAGGACGCAAAAGUGCAGACAUGGGUUACAGUGAAGUGCUGCCAGCAGGACAUCGACACGGUGGGCGCCAUCCCGCGAGAGGCUGUCAAAGUGAUGGCGGACAUCCUGGCAUUGCCGAAGAUGCACCCGGAUCGCCGCCACCUGCUCCAAGACAUGUCACCUCUCGUGCACACCCUCAUCACCUCUCUUCGUGCGGCUGCAGUCGUGGCCGCUGGGCAGUUUCUGGAAUUUGGCGAGGAUGGUGCUCCGUUGUGGGAGGAGCGUGUCAUGGACAAGUGGUGGCGGGUGCGAAACAACCCCUGCACCAGCCAAGCACUCCUCAACACGGUUAAGAUCGCCUUCAUGGACAUCCUUUUUGGUUUCAAACCUGGCGACAAGCGGCAGAGCAACCCCGACUGCUUCUGUGGCACCGUGUUCCACAUCUGCAUCUGUUACAUGGCGGCCCGCG